CCUAGGCGCGGAGACGCAGACGGCGUCGACUGUCCGGCCCAUCCGACUAGCCUGACGUCACACUGGCGUGCGGAGGCCUUGUUAUUUUUUUUCUAGGUGGCGUUGGUACAACCACGGCUUUACGAGUAACCGCCGGCGUCUCCUCAAUGGAACAGUCUGCACAGUAGUGCUCCCUGGACAGCUUCCAGCAGGACUCCCGAAGUGACGCGUUCGUUGGUAACAGCUUCCGACAGAACUCCCGCAAAGACUCGCCCGCCUCCAUGCUAAGUCUGACGCCCCUAACUGCACGCCAGCGCCGUUCUCCAUCUCCUGGUCGCCGUGUCACUUCCCCAGCGCCGGGAAUCUAGGCGGUGCGGCCGAUUGAGGUGCUCUGCCGAACUCCCAAGCGUCUGCCACAGUAACAAAAGCCCGAGCUAAGAGGGCCGUGACACGGAGUGCUUCAAGAUGGAAGGCCCGAGAGAUCGAGCCCCUGACCACUUCGUACCUUGCACAGCAGGUGAAAACGAAACGUGUCAGAUUGUCGACAAGCUAUCAACCUGGAACGAGCUCCUUCUCGGUUCCCAAUUUGAACUACAAGAAAUGCCAGGAACGACUGGCCAACUUUUCCUGAAGACUUUUGCCGACAUUUUACCAACGAUUGAAAAUUUUGAUGCACUUUGGAUUCCACACUACCCAGACCUUAUUGUAUGGCUACUGAGAACACAUCGCUGCAUAGCGUCCGUGUAUCUUAAGCUGUCCACCGCCGCAAUUACAAGACUCUCGGUACUUGACGCUCUUCGGCAUAGCACGUGGACAAAGAGAGUGAUCCUAUGUGUCGAGGACAUGCAAGCCUUCGACGCCGCUUUUAAGGUCAUACCCUGCUUGACCAAAAUCGAAGAGCUUGACUGUUCAGCUUGCACCAAAUACGAGGCUCCACCGGAAGGCUUUCUAACCGCACUGUCGGCUCUUUUUCGCACUUCAUCGUCUCUCAAGUGUCUGCACCUCAGUUUCUUACGACUAAUAGGACCUGUGGCUGACAAGCUUUUCACAGAUUUGCUACUAAACAAACACAAGCUCAAAGAGCUCCAUUUGCUAGACUGCGAACUCGUAUGUGACUCGUAUCCAUACGCCCUAACCGAGUACCUUGGUACAACCACAGCUCUAAAUAAUUUUGCCGUCGAUAUGACGAACGAAAUGGUGCAGAAGGCUGUUCUCGACGGCAUUUUGCAAAACAAUAGUAUCUAUAAGCUCCUCAUUGGCGGAUUCAUUCAAAACGAAGAAAGCCCGGGAAUAGUAGCUGCAGUGAUCAGGGAGAACAGCGUUCUUCGCAACUUGAACAUUUCUAUCAGAGCUGCACCUGCGGUUGGUCCUCUUUCUGUUUACGGCUGCUGGCUCCCUGCACUCGCUCAAAACGACACACUGGAAGAACUCAGCUUUCCCUUAAAGGUGUUCCGCCGAUCCGAGUGGGCCACUUUCAUAAGGACACUGCCGAAUAAAGAAAACUUGAGGAAGGUGAACAUCAAGGCUGGAUUCGAACACCGUCAGCUACUGCCCGUCUACGCGGUGGUGGAAAGCCUUGGCUUGGAGGAAAAAGUUUCCGUCACAUUCCACUGCUUCGCGCACGACGUUGACUUGCUGCACUGCAAGGCAAUUUCUAAAAUACAUUUUUCCGCGGGAGAACCAGACGACCGCUUAGUAGCCGCUUUGCAUCUCUUGCCAAACUUUCAACACGUGACUGACCUGAGCAUCGAGCUGACGUCGGGCAGCAUCAGACUUUCUUUGGCACUUGCUGAAUAUUUGAUCUCGACGGCUACGCUGCGACUUCUCAAGCUUAGCGUCGGGUGGGACAUCUUCGUCGAAACCGAGGGAGCAAACCCUUGGUGGUCAGUCAUACACGAGUCCCUGUCUCGGAACAAGAGCCUCAGGGAGCUGAGAGUUUUCCUGCAGCAGUUCAACACGCAAGACAUCAAGGGCUUGGCCGACUCACUUAAACGAAGCCGGAACAUCAGAUACGCCGAGUUUAUCGACAUGGACCAGAAAAACGCAUCCGUCUUCGUUCGACGCCUAUCAAAGGGCAUUGCGGACAACUGGACGCUGCAAUUCGUGUUGUGCGGCCUUUCCAUAGACGCGGACGCGGCGGGAGACUGGUACGCUGUCUGCGAGACGACGCGGAGGAACUCCGGCCUUGUCGCACGAGCAGCUCGAUUUGUGAGGGCUUCACCUUUAGACAGGUACGUCACGGGGGCUCUGGAGCGUGUCUCCCGGUACCCUGUGCUACUGGACGAUGUCGCUCGGCAGGCCCACAUCGACAAAUCAGAAAUCGUCGACUUGGUGCGAGACCGCCUGAAGAGAACGGAAACCUUGAACGGAUUCAUGCGGGUCGUCGGAGUCGUCAGGGAGCGAGUCAUCUGCCAUCCACACAACGACGACCGUAUGCAGCUGGACGACCUGAUCGAGGACUGCUGGAGACACGUGCGACGCUACCUCCUGAUAGACGACGUCAAGCCCAGCAUUAGGCACGUAGAAAAUAUCUGAGCACAGGGGAAGCUUACGUCAACGACCCAUGGGCGGUACCUUCGGCACGGUGCUCUGUCUGAUGUUAGCCAGUUUCAGAGUGCGAACAGCCUGCGUAUACGUGUUAGCAUAUUGCGCAGCUGCGGUCGAGUUUGCAGUUGGUUGGUCAGUACUGCGCCAACCGUAGCAAACACAAAGCUGAAUUAGAACUAAGCGGCUAGUGCAACUGACCGGAGAUGAGUCAGCAGCUUUGAUUUUUGUCAGCGCAUAUGCAGUUUUUUACAUGAGUGGACUGGACCGUUGAAAGAGACUGGUUGCCGUUUUGCUACUCAAAAUUGACGGGUAUCUGUAUUGCGAUGGCAAAUACCAAAGACAUUGAAAACUAUAUAGAAAUAAAUGCGCGAACGUGGCCUCACUGUUGCAUGAGGGUUCCAAGAUACGCGAUGUCCACUGCUGCAAUAAAAAGUCCUUA